AAAUUUGCCAUUUUUAUGUUGAUUGCCUCAACAGUCAAACACUAUCCUGACUUAGUAAGUUCCAACCAUUUCUAACCUCUCUUCAGACUGCAAUAGUAACAUAGCAUACCUGUGCUCCGAUAUACUUGUAAUUCACACAUAAUAACAAGCUUAUGAUAUGGAAAUGAAGGGGGAAGUGAUGACUUUUAGUGCAGCAGCAGCAUCUUCACCAGGUUCAGCAACCAGGAAUAAGCUAGACAGGAAGACGGUGGAGAGGAAUCGACGAAUACACAUGAAAGGACUCUGUCUCUGCCUCACUUCUCUUGUCCCUCCCCAUUACUUCAGCCCCUCCAGAGAGCUGUUAUCGCAACAAGCUCAGCUGGACCAUACAGCAGCUUACAUUAAGGAACUAAAAGCUCGCAUCGACGAAUUACAGGUGAAGAAGCAGUUACUAACUCCAAUGAGCAGCGACAGCCAUAUGAGCAGCCCGGCAUCCACGUCAUUCAUAGUGCCUGUGGUUGAUUUACGUGAGUUGGGUUCAAGUAACAUAGAAGUAGUUGUGAUCAGUGGUUUAGCAAAGAACUUCAGGCUAUGUGAUGUCAUCAGUGUUCUUCAGGACGAAGGAACAGACGUAAUCAGCGUGAAUGUUUCAAGUGUCGGAGAUCGAGUUUUCCACACACUGCAUGCCCAGGUAAAAGUAUGUAGAGUUGGAGUGGACAUCACAAGGGUUUGGCAGAGAUUUCAAGAACUAAUGCCCUUAGCUUAUCUGUGUGAAGAUGCAUAGGUCCUGUUUGUUUAGCAGAAGCAGAAGCUGCUUCUGCUUUUCUUGACCCGUUUGUGUAAAGAAGCAGAAGCACUUUUAAGAAGCUGAGAAUCUUAACUUCUCUCUCACAGUUUCUACUUAUUUUCCAAACACUUUAUUCACUUAUAUAUUUCUCACUUCUGCUCCA